GUUGACAUUUGCCUACGAGCUGCCUUCCCCGCCAAUCUUUCACUUCCCUUCGUACCAUUCCGUCGUACUGUACUGUAGGCAUGGACAGUGCUAGUCAGGCACUGGCGCAGAAUUUACCACUUGGCGUGCCUAAGUCGUAUCGUUCCCUGGCAGAUCACAGCGGGGCAAAAGCCCAAAGCCAGCAGUAUCUCACACCAUCCGAAGAGAAGGCAGUAGUUGACUUCAUGUUACAAAUGUCUGCGCUUGGACAUCCCGUGCGAAUCAAGCACGUACCAUUCAUAGCCUUCAGUGCCACUCGCAACAGGCCCACAUUGGAGAGACCACUCAAGCCUCCGGGCAAGAACUGGGCCAAGGCGCUGGAGAACCGCCAUCCUAAUCUCAAAGCGAGAAGAGUCAGGGCACUGGAUUGGAACCGUCAUGAGAACAACAUUAGCGCAAAGGUCACGCAC